UAUCACUAUCUACGUAAUAUCUUGUAGUAAUGUCAUCACAGAAUUAACUCCAGUGUUGCCUUAUAUUUACUAGCAUUUUAUUAUUAGAUAGUAAAGACCUAAGUACUUAUUUUUGGCAUAUUUGUCUAUGGUAAAUCGGUAAAGUAGUUCUGUAAUUUAGCACCAUUGGUAUCGAUAGAUGUCGCUGUUACAGAGUUUUUAAUUAUUUUGCAUCUCUUUUUCAGAGCUGGAUGGAUGGAUGGAUGGAUAGGUUUUUAAAGAAACCAAUCUACAUAAACUCGUCGUGUAUAACAAUCUCUAGUUUUUCUUCCAUUCGUUAUUCACACUAUUUGCAGUGUUUCUCUUCUGCAUCCAAUUCUUCACAAAGAUAGUGUACAACAUUUUUGUUGUUGCUUUGUGUGCUCAAGUAAAUAAUUACGGCUCAGCUUUGAAAAAUGGUGAAUUUGAUCAAAAUAAAGUUCGCGUAUGUGUAAAAUGAAGUGGACACUUUUCAUUCGGUGACCUUUUCAUUCUCAAGAAUUGUGUCUGUAGUGGUAAUCAUUGCACAAUAGUUAUAAAAAACGUUUUUAUUGCAGGUAGUUAAGUUUUACAAUGGGGCCGAAAAGGGCCCCGCCAUAAAAUUAUGAGAUCAGUUGUUUAUAGGUCAUCGUAAAACUAUUAUAUUUCAUGACAUCCAUACGGAAAAACCGAACGGUAGAGAAUGUUGCUGCGUUUUCAAAGCGUAUGCAAUUUGUCGAGCGAUGAUCAGUGGGUCGAAAGCGAUGCCAGGUGGAUUCCCGUUCGGGCCGCUGGAGGAUCGCGUCUUGGUGUGUUCAGCUAAUGUGCAGCCGGCUUACUCGGCGUGUGAUGUGUGUGCGCGAUGUCAGGCAAGCCCGCGAGUGUGGGCGCGUCGCGAGCAGGCGUGCCCGGCACACCGCGCGUGCUGGUGUACGUGGCGGACCCGCGCCAGCUAGAGCCCGGCGCCGCGGCCCCUGACCCCCCUCCAGCCGCACCACCACCCUCUCACCUUGACGCCCUUUAUCUUCCUGAUACCUUGCAGCAGCAAGUAGCAUUGCCAAGAAGCACUAUAUACAGGACACAAGUUGAACGUAAUGACCAGAGAAACACAUCAGGAACAAUUUUCUAUAAACAUCUCAAUGAUACUGAUUGUAAACGUGGAUUGUUUGGUGCAACCGAUAACACUACAGUUCAACCAGAGUGUCUGCCUAUCUCACAACAGAUUAUUAAAGAUUCAUGUUUAAAAAAUGAUGAAAACAUAGUGAGUAAUCAUCUUGAUAAUGUAAAUCUAAAAAGAGACAGUGGUGAUGGAGACGAGGUAGGUAGUAUUGAAACUUUUCAAGCUAGCAUACCUGGACAGCCAGGAGAAAUACCGACAUAUCAAACAAGAGGUUCAAUACAUGUGAGUUCAGAUAGUGUUAUGCCACCUAUUACAUUGCGUCACACACAGAACCAAUUUAGUGAGAGUGUUAAUGUUCAGACUGGUGCUGAUGCAUGUAACUCUAAUGACAGAGAACUGACUGUGGGUAGGAGCUAUGUGAAUUAUCAGUUUUUAGAACAAAGUGUUUCACAUCAGUCAAUAGUGAACCAGAGUAUAAGUAUACUGAAUCAACAAGUAGGAGUGAGUAGAGGAAUAGUUAGUGAAGGUGAUAGUGGCAGUGCACCGCAACUUGUCCGCACAGCGGAUGGUGUGGUACUAGCAGUGCUACCGUCAGGGUUGCCACAAACCACUGACACCACCGAUCUUACUUCAAGAACUACAUACAGUGAAACACCACAAACUAUUGUUGUGCCAUUAGGUUGGAGGAGACUUGUCAGUGGCACAUCAGUCAUUUAUAUAAGUCCCAGUGGUACAGCGCUAAGCACUCUACCGCAGCUCAGGGACUACCUCCAGACGACAGGCACUUGCAAAUGUGGACUACCCUGUCCCUUGAGACCGGAGACUGCUUUUAGCUUCGAUCAUAAGGUGGUUAGUAAACCAUAUCAAGCGGCUUCUGGUGCGGAGCUGACCAAGCUGUGCAACCACAAGCGGAAACUAUUGGCAACACUACAGGCACGCGUGCAUUCGCCCGCUACGCCCCCGCCGCAAAUAGACCAGAAGAAAGGAUCAAAUACAGAAGUAGCUGUUUUGAAAAAGAAAAUGAAGAAAAGGCCUGGAUUUCCACCGAACAUGAGUGUAUCUCAAAUCGUAGUACAGAGGGAACGACCUUUUAACGAAUUCAAGUCUCAAGAGAACGAUCACAAUAGAACUAUCUCUCCAGGAAUAGGACAGCAUCGUAUUAAUAGCGGACAACCCGUAUCUACAUUUACAUCUAUGCCACAAAACGUCUUAAAUGCCAUUUCCCACGACAACGACGUCAAACAGGAAACACAGGUACAAAGGAGUUCGCACUAUCUUACUGUGAGUAGCGGUUGGAUAACACAACAACAACAAGAGAACCUAGAUGGACAAAAUGGACAAAAGACAAACCAACCAUCUUCGGGUACAUCCAAUACUUCUAUUAAUGUUGGUUUACCAGUAUUAGGAACGAACGGACAAAUUAUUGGCGUAAAUACAGGGUUCAAUAAGCAAACCACUAACUUUAAGAAUGUUGUGGGUGUUAUACCUAACGCUCCUGUAGAUCUGGAUAAUAAAGAAGAAAAAAAGGAUAUACCCAUAAUACCUGGUACAAAUACGGUAAAAUAUCCUAUUAAGGAGGAGGAAUCUCAGAUAUUUUGUGGUUUGAAUCAACCCUUGACCCCAGAAGUAAUGCAAAAAAUUAAUGAACAACAACAAAUUUUUAUACAACAGAAUCAAAAACAAAUCGAAAUGGCCAUGAAAGGCUUUAGAACACAGUUGGCUGAUAAUGUUAAUCAAAAUAAGACUCAAAACCAAUAUGUACCACAGGCCCAAUUAGUGAUACAGAACGGCGCUGUUGUAAAAACAAAUCCUGCUAAAACUCCGCCUUGGCAAGUAAAAAGAAAUGAUUCUAAUUCAAUGACCAGUCCAAAUUUGAAAACCCACAAGAUUGAUAAUAUAGAUUAUGAAGAAUCAAAUAUAUCAGAAGAUUCUACUGGCUCUUAUAAUUCGUUCACAAAUAACGAACACAUCAUGAAUCAAACCAUGUGUACUAGAGUGCCUCCAUUACCCCAGCAUUACAAUAUGUUGCCUCAACAGUGGCCUACUGUGGAUGUCGGUAAGAAAAAGAUGAAAAAUAAUGGCAAAGGUGCUAAAAAGAAACCUAGUCCCACUGAAAAUAAAGUAAUGACAUUCGGAGCUAAUGGUAUGCGAAUGAUUCAAGAUCCUAAAUGUGAUGAUAUCCCAAAUAACAAUGUCCCAUCCUUCAUGGAUGAUCCUAAUGGAUAUUUAGCACAACAAACUGUCUUAUUGAACAACACUAUAUCUAGGCAAGUAGGGAUCAAUUCUUCAUUUGACAGUAAUCAAUAUGAAAAUUGUAAUAAUUGUUAUGGUCCUCAUAGUCAAAACCAGAAUGAAAAGACAUCUAAGUCAACGACAAAGUCUUGUGAAACUCUUUACAGAAACACUAUGGUUCCAAAUCCCUCACCUUCACCGAACCAUACACCUGACAGUAGUGUAUUGUCAGAUAAAGCCAUAGAAAAUACUAUGCCACAGUGUUACAAAAGUUGUAACAUGUCGUUGAAAGGCAAUUCUGAUUUCUCGGAUAAUCAUAUGCGGUUAAAAUAUAUGAAAAAUAAUGUUUUCAAAACAGAUUUUGAGGGCCAUCCACCCACUUCUAGUCCUAAACAUUGCUUUGAGGAUAAUCCAGUAACAUCUUCUACGUUUGUUGAACGAAGUCCUGUAAUUAACGAAAAUUGUGGUCCUAUUCAAGCCGGGACAGUGAGUACUAGUAACGUUUCGCCAACAGAAACGUUACAGCCACCUGAACCAUCACCUACGUUAUCAAACAGUUCUCGCAGUACCGAUACUCCUCACAGUAAUGGGAGUGGUGGAUCACAGUUACAGCAAAAUUGUACAUUCCCGAUACCAAGUCCCGCAUACUCUGGUUCAUGUAGAGAUAAUUUUAAUAGCAAUCCUUCAACCCCAAAUAGUAACCAAAUGUACCAUCACUAUAAUUCUCCAGGACCACCCAACAAUCAAUCAAUUACAGGAACUCAAAUGAUGCAUUUCAUAUCAAAUCACAAUGUGAAUAAAAAUCUAAUGGAAGUGGAUAACAUAUCAAUGGUUGGCGUGAAACCCGGAUUAAAAUCAUCACACGAAAUAUUUAGACCUGAUAGAAGAAGAAUAGAAAAUUCUAUGCCUGGUUACUGUCCGCCUCCUCAUUUGGGCGGAGGACCAGCUCAUUCUUUAAUACAAGCGUGUUAUGUGCAAACAUUUGUAACUACAAUGGCAAGUGGAUUUUCAGUUACUCGAGACACUGUCACUUCCGUUUUAGCUGGUAAAGCAAAUACAGCUACUACGUCAAUUAACGCAUCACAAGCGAAUUUUAUAAGGCCUCCGCCACCGCCUAGUGUAAACUUAGCUACAACAUAUGCUAUUCCAAAUAAUCAACCUGAUCCUUUCAUAAAUUCAGUAAAUCUGCCAACGAGUUAUCCAUUACAUAUAGCUGGUACCACAGCACAGAAUAUGAUAUCGAAAUCUCCUUUAGAAAUGGUUCAAAAUGUCAUUGGAAGUUUGCCUUCAAAAUCUGAAGUGAAUAGUACACCAACAAAUACAAUUCCUCAGACGACUAGAAGACCAUCGACUACACCUGGACAAAUAUUAAUUUCAUCAACUGGCCAAAUAAUUGUGUCAAAUAAUCAAAUGCCUCCACCUCCUCCAAAAACUUCAACCACGAUGUCACCAAUACAAAAUUCGAAUAAUAUUGUAACCAAUGUGACCACAUCUAUAACUCAAGUAGUGCCUGCAGUAGGUGGGGUCCAACCGAUUGUAAAUCAGCCUACGGUUGUUGUAAAUACUUUACCGACCCCAUUUGUUUUCCAACCGCCAAUGGUAGCGGUAGAUGGGCAAGUUGUUCAACAAAAUCCGGUAUUACCGCAAAUAGUAACUGGGGGCAUUGUUUCUGGCCAAUCUCCCAAUGAAAAUUCAAGACCAAUUGAUUUGAAAAAUGGCCAAAAUUAUGUCCAGGGAGUUGCUAUGCUUUCUCCUGAAAGUUUGAAAAAGAGAAGUAAGAAAAAGAAAAAUCAAACUGCAAAUAUCACAAAUGUUUUACAGAUUACAGCACCACAGCAAAAUCCUAAUAAUUUAAUGGUACAUCAUACAUCACCACAGCAUAAUUCUAGUCCGCAGUUUUCUCCACGCAGUUUCCAAUUAUCACCUAACAAUAAUAUAUCACCAACACCGGUAUUGCAGGCAUUAACAAUAGUUCCUGGUAAAUCAGGUACGCCAGCGCAUAUUGUCAUGAAUGGACAAGGGAGCUCAAACAACUUUGGCUCUCAACAGAUAAUUGCAAACACAUCACCAUCACAACAAAUAAAUUUAUUACAACCUGUGAAUUUAAUAAACAAUGCUAGUAGUGUUAUGCAAAACUUCCCCGCUUUUCAACAAUUUAUUGUGCCAAAUCUCGGUGGAAUGGUUAUGACUGCCGAUGGAGCAAUCAUUCAGGAUAAUUCAACAGGAAUGCCAAUGCAGUUACAGUUGCAAACGGUUAAUGGUCAGAACGUUUUGACUCCUGUUCAAAAUCCUAGUGUUUUCACAGCAGGAGCCAACGGCGGUAUGGUAAUUCGAGCUCAAAAUCAACAAGGAAAGAUAAUCCAAUCGCAACAUAGCCCUGGUGCUCAAUUUUUGUCUCCUAAUAAUCAAGUUAUGAUGAGUAGUCCCAAUUUUAACGGACAACUGAGCCCCUUACUUGCUAAUUUGAGUCCCACUAAUGUUGCAUUCAAUAACUCACAAGUUAGAUCAGGUAAUGUCCAGACACAGGAGUUCAUUCAAACAAAUCAGAUGGGACAAACAUUGAUGGUUCCUUUAUCUCCGAAACAAGUUUCGAUGGCGUCGGCUUCGAAUAAUAGAAGCAACUCAACUUUUGUACAACAAAAUACGACAAUAGUGCAGCAACAGACAACGCUCGUCUCAACCUCUCAUAAUACUCAGAUGUCGUCGAUAACGACUAAUUUGCAAGGCGGCAAUUCGUCGCGGUUAAGCAUAGACCCCAAUGUUCUACUCGCUCACAAGCAAAUUCCUGGUCAGAAAGUGAGAAACUUCAUAGAGAUGCCGCAAGAGAAUGGACAACCUGAAGAGCCGAAAGAUGAUAAACAUCAAUCCGUUUUCAACCACAUGCCUUCUGAGAAUGAGGUUAAGGUGGAAAAUUCGGAAGGUUAUCCCAAGUUUAUGAACGAGUUUGGUCCGGGAGGGGGGCAAGGACAGGUGCAGGGCGGGUUCGGUUCGUACGUGCGACACUCGGUGUCAACACAGACGCUUGUGAACCAACAGCGCGGCAAGUCACCACCGCAGGGCUCGCAGGCAGCGCAGGCGGGCGGCAACGGCUGCAGCCCGCCCGACACCACGACGCUAAGUCCGCUGGGCGCGCCCGAGCCGGCUGCUAGUCCUCGCUUGCACGCCCAUGCACGCUGCCUCUCUACGCAGGCCAACUAUGCCGACACCACUACCAAGUCGCCUGAACCAGUUGAUGCCAACUCGUCCGCUAUGGUACAAUGCGUGUCGAGCAGUGAGCAGGACAUGGCUGAGUCACGAGAACAGUCUUGGUCUACGCCUCGUAAUGACUUCAAUUCUGAUAAUGAAACCCAAAGUAUGAUGCCUAAUGUCCCACUGAUGCGACAGAACCGUACCCAUAGUUCUGUUGAGUCCACCGAAUUACAUUACAACAUGAAUGUAAAUCCAUCGUCAGUAAAUAAUCAACACAAUGUAAUUCCUGUUGGGUCUAGUUACUAUGACCGGACGCAAAGCUAUAAGAGAAAGAACGACUUUGGUGAUGGGUCCAGUUAUAGAACAGACAAAAUAAUGAGGUCUAAUUAUGGUAUGGUUCACGGAAUUUCGAAAGAUUCCGACUACGACGCAAUGUCCAUCUCUUCGCCUGAGAAAGGGCAAGCGAGACAUUUCCCCCCUUCAGGGACGAGUACGGACGCAUCAGCUAUUCAAAAAGUAUUUGACAGACAUAGCUUAGGUUCCAGUGAUGAUGGCAAGAGCGAGGAGGAGGCAGCUAGCAGCGGGGAGGGGGCCGGCGGGGACGGCGAUGAGGGUGGGGGCGGGGCGCGCAAGUUCUCGGCCGGCGACGUGGUGUGGGGGCCGGCGCGGGGGUUCGCCUCGUGGCCCGGCGUGGUGCAGGCGCGCGGCGCCGACGGUCGCUGGCGCGUGCGCUGGUUCGGGGAGCCUGCCGCUACCGCGCUGCCCGCCGCCCGCCUGCUCACGCUCAGCGAGGGGCUCGAGGCGCACCACGCCGCGCGCUCCAACCUACGCAAGAGUAGAAAAUUGAACGCGCUUCUGGAGAACGCUAUUCAGGAGGCGAUGGCUGAACUCGACAAAAAGAGUGCUCGUGGUCAAGGAACUGCGGAGGGAGAAGCAGCGGAGGGCGGGGCAGACGGGACUGAAGGGGGAGAAGAGCAGGAGGAGAAAACAACUGCGAGUACUGGGACGGGGGCUGGACGAACCCGCUCAGGCCGUGGUCGUACCCGUCGACAUAGGAAAAGGGCGUCAAAUUCGAGCAAACCCGCCGAAGGUACGAGAUUGCGUAGUUCCCGAUGACCGUGCCGAACACGAGCAGCGGUUCAACUCACAGUACAACUAGAUUCUUUUUGUAUUUUGUCGGAUAAUAUAGAUAGCAGCCAUGUACCUCUCGAGGAAUCGACAUCUUUAGGCUAGCACCACAUUAAAGUAGGAGUUCCGUCACGUAUCUCCCGUGCUGUUCUGUAUGUCAAGUGUUGUGCGUUUUAUAAGAAAACAUGCUAUGCGGAAGUUGUCGAUUAGACUCCGAUAAAUUAAUCUGUGGAUUUAGUUUCUUUUUUUUUUAUUAAAUUUAUAUUUCGAAGCUUAAUUUAUGUAUGCAGGCUUGAGUGUCAUAAGCUUAACUGAAAUCGAUUAUGUGAUUGGGCGCAUAAUUUUAAGAGAUUACGCAUGACCUUGACAAACCAGAUUGUUUGUGUGCCAAAUCAUGCGGCUCGCAUCCGUUACAGUACAAUUAAAUAUAUUCAGCGGAGAUACAGGAUAUUCGAUGCGGUAGAUUCGCGUCGAACCAUCCGUUAAAUGUGAUUUUAGUCUUAAAGGACAUCUCAGUGCAAUUUAGUCAACACUUAUAUCUAACAUGAAAUUUUAAAUUAGAAAACAUAUUUGUUAACGCGAAUGUGUAUUCUGAAAUGGGUGCUACCACAAAACGCCACAAAAAGGAUCACACGACACUAACUAACAUAAUGAACUUUAUCAAAUGCAAUAUACUUGCAUAUUCCUGUGAAAUGCAUCACAAUUAGCGUUUACAAUAUGUAGAUUUUACUGAUAUGUAGGUAUCAUAGUUUAUAAAAACACUAGUUAGUGAAAUAUUGAGAUUGACUGUUUGGAAAUUGGAUUCUAUUUCUUACUUAUUAUAUGUUUCAAAAAAGUACUAAGUAGUGAUUAAUCAUUCCUUAUUUUAUAAAUGGAGACGUCUAUUAAUUUUAUGUGUCGUCUCCGUAAAAUGGUUUUUAUCAACAUCGGAUCAAAAUUCCCUUUGGGCAUUAUGGGUUCCUAAUAUAAUUUGUGGAUACGCUUCCGUGUAUGUAUUAUACUAAAAAUACAUACUGUAAAUUUGACAGCGUUGUCGAAAUUUUAUAAAAUGUAGAUAAUGUUUAGGUAACAGUAGGUAGGUAACAGUCGUGAUUUUAAAUCAUUAUUGUUGCAAAUUAUUUAAUAAGGAUAAUGAGUAAAUAUUAGUAGAUUGCUGUCAAUAUAAUUAUUGUGAAUUAAUAAAAUUCCAUACUUGUCAUCGAUGUAUUGUACAAUUUAUAAUAAAAUGUAAAUUGAUAAGAAAUUAUGCUAUAUGUCGUGUAAAUUUAUGUGUUUUGUUAGAGAGUAAUAAGUAUAACAUGAUUUCUAGUCAAAAUAUUGAGCAUAUUAAAAUGUAGAUAAUAUAGGAAAGGUAAUUGACAAUAACACUGGCCUGGCGUUCGUUGACAUCGCGUAUUACCUGUCGACAUUGUUUUAGUUACAUAAUAAAUAAGUACACAACUUUUUUCAAUAAUUAUAAUAUGGUACUUGUUUGUGUUAACAAUUUUAUACUUUUGUUAUUGUAUUAAAAUGCUAGACUUAAUAGACGAAAAAUGUGGUACCUUUACUCUAUUUUAAACGAAUGCCACUUGAUACGAAUCUGAAUGAUCUAACUAGAUGUUACGACUAAAGUAGAUACGGUGUUGUAUUAAUUAAUAGUUUUAUACAUUUUGUAUGACAUUCGUAACAUUUUCUGGAACAAAACAAAAUGGGCCUACACAUUAAUUACAGUUACAUACGGCAUUUCUCGACCAAUAAGAAUCAAAAAUAAUUUGAACAAAUUCUUAAUUUAUUAGAGAAAAAUACUCGGUCGAUAUAAUUUCAAAAUUUGUUUUUUAACACCUACUUAUUUAAUACGAAAGCUACAUAUAAAGUUAGUGGUAAAAAUAUUAUGUUCAUAUCAGUUUUAUUUGCACUAAUUAAAUUCUAUUAAAAUUUAAAAAGUAUAAAAAUAGUAAUAUAAUAAGAAUUAAGUACAUUAUAGUCUUACAGUUUUGAAAUACAUGCUCAUGUGCGGUGAAAUAUAGGCGUAACUUUAUAUAUACAUAUGUGUAUUCCGUAAGCGAAAGAUAUAAUACAUUAUAGGUAUUUAAAAUCUACUAUAAUUUCUGAUUAUGAAAUACACAUUAUAUAUAAGGUGUUUACAUUAAAUGGAUGUUUGAAGGAACUGGUAACAAAAUAACUGUUGUAAUUAUAAUUAACGAUAACAAAGGGAAAUUCUUCUAACAUUUUUUUACGCCAAAUUUAAUUUGCAAGAAUGUUAGAAAAUGAGUAAAAAUUACAUCACAAUAAUAUCACAAUUAUUAUUAAAAAAUAAAAAUAUCACCCUAAUCUUUAAUACUUAUAUUGGUCACGUUCAUCAAUUGCUGUGGUUAUAUGAUAACUUAAGUGAAAUAUGGUUCGAAUCCGUUAUGAGGUAGCGAUGCGACAUCUGCAGGACAAUCGACGUUAAGUGUAUAUCAAAAUUAGAUUAAUACGAUAGGUGAGUUCAGCGUGAUGCAAUGACUUGUGAAGACAAUUUUAGGCCACAUUAUCAUGUAGAUCAAGUUAAUUCCUAGUAGAGUAAUACCAAAAGAGUUUACAAAUGUUUCAGUAUAAUCGUAAUUGUCUUGAAAACAUUUUCCACAUCGCAGUUGUCUCGACCAAUCUAUAAACGGCCUAAAUUACCGGAACACAGAACACUACACUUAUUUUUAAUAUAUCGCAAAGUAACUUACUGAAUGUACCUACCAUAUAGGUAGUUACCUAUAUGGUAGGUACAUUUUUCGAUUUACUUAAUAUUUGAUAAAAACAAAUUGUCAUCAAUUGUCGAAAUAAUCUUUAAAACUUAUUACAUCAACGUGGCAGCUUAGUUUUGCAUGAAAGGAUGGCCAAGUUUCUAUUUAAAUAGCCCUGCAGUGACGUCGUGAUCUGUAUCUGUAUCCUGAAUCACUAUCCUAUACGAUGUAAGUUUAAAUAAAAAAAAUAACUAAGAAAAAAAAUGCGUAAAAUAUGAUAAUCAUUGUCCAUUGUCUUCAAUUCAACUGCAACAGUUUAGUUAAUUUAUUUAUUUAAACCUACACUCAGGGUCAACUAGAUAAUUUUAUUAAAUUUCAUGCAGUCGAUAAAAUAGACGCGGUUAGAUAUUGAUAGCUGGGAUAGUGCUAAAUGUAUGAUAACGAUGAUUCUCAUUGUUCUAAUGUGAAAGUGAAAAUAAGGUACUAAGUGUCGUUUAUCAGAUAAGUAAUUAAUUUGUGGUACAAGGGAGAUUAUUUUAGAACAUUUCAGAAUGCUUUUUAAUAAUAUUCAAAUUACAUAUUUAAGUGAUAAUGGUAAAAGAUUUUCUAAAAAGUUCUAGAUAGAAUGUUAACUUAUAGGUUACAUACCAUGAGUACAUUUGAUAGAUAAUUUGUUAUCGACAUUCAUUGUUAGAUAUUAUCAAUGUGCGAAACUACUUUAUGUGAUCUUUGGAUAUGUCCGGUAAAUAUUAUAUCAAGGAAUUAUCAUAGCUUACUGUUUUUAUAUUAUCGUAUUUUAACCUUAGAGAUUCCACAUAAAAUUCCUAAAUGAUAAAUGUGACUCCAGAUAUCGACAUAGUAUUUAAUGUUAAAUGGAUAUUGUUUAUUAUAUUGAUAGUCAGAUAGCACUUCCCGUGAGAUGGUAUUAUGUACAUAAUCUUAUUGUAGUUAUGUAUAGUAUUUUAUUUCAAUGAAAUUAAUGUUUUAUAGACUAAUAUACAAUAUAAGAUUAUUUAUUUGUUUUGCUGUGUACAUAUUUUUUUCAAUAAAAUGUACCUGUUUUAUUUAAA